UACGGUAAUCAUUUUCUGCGUCCGCUUCCUCCCGCUCAAGGGUUUCGAAACCUCAAAAGCCCACCUCUCCUUCUCUGUAGGUCUCGAUCUCCGCUUCGUUCUAGAUUUCUGUAGAAAACAUCUUCCUUUCUGUCAACCAGGCUUCUACUUUCUCCGAUAAAGACGACGCGGAGUUUCUAGGGUCGUUUGAAAGUAUUGAAAGCGUCCAGCUUGAGGUAGGAAUGGGACUUUGAUUUUGAUGGAGUGCUAUGAGGAUCUAGGGUUUGUGUUUCAACGUUGCUGAGGAUUGAUAUUCUGAAUUCUGGUGGAUAUCCGGUGAUAAUGGGUGAGAUGGAUGUGGAGCCAUGGAAAUAUGGUGCUUGCUUAGACCCUGAGUUGCUUCAUCUCGCGGAGGUUUCUCCUCUGGCCUUGAAGGAAAAUCCUCAGAUUGCGGAGCAGCUUUAUUCUCAGUGGCUUUCGCUUCCAGAGACAGUCCGUCUGGUGAAAUCUUUAAUGGACGAUGCAAAAGCGGGCAUGCCAUUGAAUUUUAGCAAUGGUGUUGGCACAAAUGCUGCUACCGGCAAUGCCUUGCCUGCUAUGUUCCCUGUUGGCAGUGCUCCACCUCUUUCACCCAGGAGUAGUUCUGGAUCUCCUCGUUUCAUAAAACGUGGUUUAGGUGCUGGACCGUCAUCCCUUGGAUCUCCAUUAAAAUUAGUUACCGAGCCAGAGAAAGAAGUCAUUCCUCAGUUCUACUUUCGGAAUGGACGACCACUUCCAAAAGAACUAAAAAUGCAGAGCUUGGAAAUAAUUGCUCAGAUUUUCUCUGGAAAAUUAGACGGAUUGCAAAUUCACGAGUUUAAAACAGUUACAAAAGAAAUCUGCAAGCUGCCAACAUUUUUUUCUAGUGUUCUUUUCAGAAAGAUCGAUGCUGAAGGCACUGGAUUUGUAAAGAGGGAUGCAUUUGUUGCUUACUGGAUGAAUAGUAAUAUGAUGACCAUGGAUACAGCAGCUCAAGUAUUUAAUAUUUUGAAGCACUCAGAUCGCAGCUACCUUAUUCAGGAGGACUUCAAACCCAUACUGAGAGAACUUUUGGCAACUCAUCCUGGAUUGGAAUUUUUGCAGGGUACUCCUGAGUUUCAGGAUAGAUAUGCUGAAACUGUUAUCUACCGAAUAUUCUACUAUGUGAAUAGAUCUGGAAAUGGUCAUCUAACCCUUAGAGAGCUUAAGCGCGGGAACCUAAUUGCUGCAAUGCAGCAUGCUGAUGAGGAGGAGGACAUCAACAAGGUUUUAAGGUACUUCUCGUAUGAGCACUUUUAUGUUAUAUACUGCAAGUUCUGGGAGCUUGAUACAGAUCAUGAUUUCUUGAUUGACAAAGAGAAUCUUAUAAAAUAUGGCAAUCAUGCAUUAACGUAUAGGGUUGUUGAAAGAAUAUUUGCGGAGGUUCCUAGAAGCUUUACUAGCAAAGUUGAAGGAAAAAUGGGUUAUGAAGAUUUUGUUUACUUCAUACAGGCUGAGGAGGAUAAAUCAUCUGAACCAAGCCUUGAGUAUUGGUUCAAGUGUAUCGAUUUGGAUGGAAAUGGUAUUAUAACACCUGCGGAGAUCCAAUUUUUCUAUGAAGAGCAGUUGCAUCGGAUGGAGUGCAUGACACAGGAGCCUGUACUUUUUGAAGACAUUUUAUGCCAAAUAGUUGAUAUGGUUGCUCCAGAGAAUGAAACCCAUUUUACGCUAAGUGAUAUAAAGGCAUGCAAGCUUUCAGGAAAUGUUUUCAACAUACUUUUCAAUCUCAAUAAAUUCAUGGCAUUCGAAGCUCGUGAUCCUUUCCUUAUCCGUCAAGAGCGUGAAAAUCCAACAUUGACUCAGUGGGAUCACUUUGCACAUAAAGAAUACAUUAGACUUUCUAUGGAAGAAGAUGGGGAAGAUGCUUCUAAUGGAAGUGGAGAUGUUUGGGAAGAAUCAGUGGAGGCUCCCUUUUAAUGCAAAAUCCAGUUCCUGUAAGAGUGCCAGCUUCCUAUUGAUCUCUGCUUGAAACUUAGUUCAGAAGUGGCUAUUCCAUCUGCAAAUACUAUUCUUUUGAAGCAAUUUACAUUAGCAUUAGGCAUAUUGGUGGGUAAACUUAGGCUUUGUUUGGGACAGCUUUCUUGCUGCUUCGUAAAGCAGCUUUUUAGUAUAAAAUUUUAAUUUUUUUACUAGAAAGUUGCUUUAAGAAGCAUAAAAAGCGCCAUCCCAAACGAAGCCUUAGUUUAUAUUAUUUUGCAAAUAUGUCCAUUUGAAAAAGCAGCAUGUAGCAACACACCUGACAUGGAUCACUUUAUUUGUAAAUGGUUUUGUUAUUUAGGGAGGGAUCAGUUCCAGUUUAGUUGCUUUCUUCUUUCUGUAGAGGCUGGUUGUGCAGAUUGUCGGCUAUAAUUUGCUCCCCUUGUAUGGCUUUAAACAUUUGCUUUGGCUAAUGCUUUUCCUCACCUGAAACUUUAGGAUGAUGGAAAAUAGAUCAAUAUGGUACAUUGGUAUCCCAGAUUUUUUUUUAAUUUUGAUGCUGAACAUCAUUAUGUUACAUUGAUUCUUUAAUGAAUAUGAUUGAAAUCUUGUCAUGUAAA